GUGUACGCUAUACACAUGUGUUCACACAUAUUAAUUAUUUACUAAUUUUAAUUAAUUAAUUAAUUAUAAUAAAAUUACAAUACACCCCCCAAAAUCAAAUAACAUAUUCAUUUUCACCUAAUUUUUAACUUAUAGGUUAUAAUAUCCUAUUUCACUUAUCUCAUUUGCAGGGAGUGCUUUGAUCGUAAUCAGGGAGAAGGAAGUCGACCAAUAUGAGUUUGUGUGAAACAGACUGAGAAUUGGUAGAUCAAAAUUAAAAGACGUAAUUGGAUGAAGAUUCAAAUCCUGAACAAUCAUCAACAAGAUCCCGGAAUGUGUUGCGCCUCCACCCACUACGGGUCCCCUGCGGUACGAGCCACAGCUUCGGAGCAGUGGAAUAUUCAGUUCUCGCCGUUGGGUGGUGAUAACGAAGCUAGGAGCUUUGAAGAACGCAAGAGUACCUUUGGGCAUGGACGGUCGCUGAUGCUGGGAUCGGAUAUCAAAUCUGAAUGUAGUCUAGAAUCUUGGAAAUUUUAGGACAUUUGGGAAUAACAUACUCCCGGUAGUGAUUACAAAUGGGAAUGCAGAGAGGGGUUUCUAGGUCAAACAUAUAUUCACCAUCGUCGGUACUGACUCACAUCCCGGCUUCUGCAAAGACAGAAUUUUUCCUUCGUUGCUCCCUGCUCCCAUCAAAGGCCAAUUUGAAUAAGGGCGAAGCCUUCAAUGAAUAGAUGAUUGGAUUUGGAUGCAGCUGUCAUGGUUAUUUGAAUUUUGAUUAAGCUUGUGCAGGUGGUCUCACUGCCAUCAUUGGCAAAAAUGUUUAGAUUUCUAUCUUAUAAAAGAACAUUGAUUUA